UUAGGUUGAUGAGUCGGCGCCCCGAGAAUCUUGGAACGGAGGAUGGGAAAUCUAGAACGCUCGAUCCAAGAUCACGACAAAGAUCUCAAAUCUCGGAUCAGGCUAAAUUUGUAGGAUCCAAACCCAAUCCAUUCUCACUCAUUAUCCUGGUUGAGCUAUGGAGCUCCUCCCGCUCAUCCGCUCGCCGCCGUUCGUUCUCUUGGAACACUGAUCAUUUCGCCGGUGUGAUGCUUGCUUGAGGCGGCUACUUGGCUUUCUGAUAAUUUUUUUACAAACAAAUAGAGUGGCGAUGGCUCUGAUCUUUCAUCGCGGAAUUAUAGCCAACUCUCAGUUCUUCAGCAGGAGCAGUGGUGUUCUUUUUCGCAGAUUGCGAGCCUCAAGGUCUUGUACUAGUGCUCGAGGAGAGGGCACUGCUAACACUCUGAAAGAGGAGCUAAUCCAAGUAGCACCUAAAAGAGCUUUGGAGCCGAACACACAUGGAUUUGAAGCUAUCAUUGGGAUAGAGACCCAUGUUCAGCUGUUCACCCUCACCAAGGCAUUUUGCAGCUGUCCUUAUGUCUAUGGGUCACGACCGAACACCACCAUUUGCCCUGUUUGCAUGGGGCAUCCUGGUACUCUGCCAGUUCUGAACUCCAAGGUUGUUGAAUUUGCAGUGAAGCUGGGCCUUGCACUCAAUUGUGGGUUGUCGAUGACCUCCAAGUUCGACAGGAAACAUUACUUUUACCCAGAUCUACCCAAAGGGUACCAGAUCUCACAAUUCGACAUCCCAAUUGCAACUAAAGGCUUCAUCGAUGUAGAUCUUCCGGUUGAGUUUGGUGGCGGUCAUAGAAGGUUUGGCAUAACUAGAGUUCACAUGGAAGAAGAUGCAGGGAAACUGCUCCAUUCAGAAACAGGGAGUUAUUCCCAGGUCGACUUGAAUAGGGCAGGGGUACCUUUACUAGAGAUUGUCUCUGAGCCCGAUAUGAGGAGUGGACUCGAGGCUGCUGAAUAUGCAGCAGAGAUACAAAGGCUGGUUAGGUUUCUUGGAAUAAGCAAUGGAAAUAUGCAGGAAGGUUCACUUCGUUGCGAUGUAAAUGUUUCUGUUCGUCCAAUAGGGCAAUCAAAAUUCGGUACAAAGGUAGAAAUAAAGAACAUGAAUUCGUUUUCUGCAAUGAGUAGAGCCAUUGAUUAUGAGAUCUCGAGACAGGUUCUUCUACAUAGUCUAGGUCAAAGUGAUCAGAUUUUCCAAGAAACUCGUCUAUGGGAAGAAGGUGCUCAGAAAACUUUUACAAUGAGGAAAAAGGAAGGGCUAGCAGAUUAUAGAUAUUUUCCAGAGCCUGACCUACCAGAAGUUGUUCUCACAAAGGAAUUUGUCGACAAACUUUGUCAAGGGUUGCCUGAGCUUCCCGAAGCAAAGCGCAGACGAUAUGAGAAAAUGGAUCUCGCAAUGCAAGAUGUUCUCUUUCUAGCUAAUGACAAUCAUGUUGCUGAAUUUUUUGAUGCAUCUCUUGAGAACGGCGCUGAUCCAAAAUUAGCCGCCAACUGGAUUAUGGGAGAUAUUUCAGCUUUUCUGAAAAAUGAGCGACUUUCGAUAACUGAAAUAAAACUAACACCGUUUGAGCUUUCUGAAUUAAUAGCUUCAAUAAAAAAUGGAACCAUCAGUGGGAAGAUCGGGAAGGAGAUACUUUUUGAGCUUCUGGCCAAAGGUGGAACUGUCCAGUCACUGAUAGAGGAAAAGGAUCUAGUUCAGAUUGUAGAUCCAGCAGCCAUAGAAGCACUAGUUGAUAAAGUCCUUGCGGCAAAUCCCAAGCAGCUCGAACAGUACCGUGCAGGAAAAACCAGGUUGCAGGGGUUUUUCGCCGGCCAGGUGAUGAAGGAAUCCAAGGGCAAGGCAAAUCCAUUGGUUUUGAACAAGAUUCUUGGCGUCAAAUUGAAAGGAGAGAGUUGACUUUGUUAAGAUCCAAAGUCAUGAGAUCUACCUCAUAGAUUUUCUUGCAAGGGAAGUUUAGAAAGUCAGUGUUGACUUUAAUAAAUUGGGAACACAAGAAUGUAAGUUUUCAUACGGAUGGCAUUUAGAGAAGAGAAAAUUUUCAUUUUAUUCUUGUAUUUUAACUACCUUUUAAAAUAGUUUCACUAUUAUUAUUUUACCUUUA